AUGGAAGCCAGCGAGUGUUUGGACGGUUCUCUUGUUCCAGAGGAAGAUUCGCUCAUUGAAGGCGUGAGUGACCCGGUUCUGCUGGUUCUGGUGCUCAGCGUGACCUUUCUGCUCGGCCUGGUGACGCUGCUCUGCAGGAACGAGCAGCAGCGGAUCCACCCGGAGAACCAGGAGCAUGUGCGUGUGGUGCGAGAACAGCUUCAGUCCGAGCAGGGCUCGUCCGCGGAGUCGAGGCAUCAGUUCUACUCGGACACGUGUCCCGUGUGUCUCCAGCAAGCGGUUCUGCCCGUCGAGACCAACUGUGGGCAUCUCUUCUGCGGUCCGUGUAUCGUGGCGUACUGGCGUUACGGAGCGUGGCUCGGCGCCAUCAACUGCCCCAUCUGCAGGCAAAUGGUGACCCUGCUGUUCCCGCUCUUCCACGACGCCGGUCCCGGCGCUGCGACUGCGGACGGGCAAGCGGAACCGGUUCUGAUCCUCACAGACAUCAGCGAUUAUAACCGCAGGUUCUCCGGGCAGCCGCGCUCCCUGCUGGACCGGCUCCGGGACGUCCCCACGCUGCUCCGGCACGCCUUCAGGGAGGUGUUCUCGGUGGGAGGCCUGUUCUGGAUGUUCCGGCUGCGGAUCCUGCUGGUUCUGCUGGGAGCGCUGGUGUACCUGGCGUCCCCGCUCGACUUCAUCCCCGAGGGCGUCGUGGGUCUGCUGGGCUUCCUCGACGACUUCUUCGUCAUCCUCCUGCUCUUCAUCUACAUCUCCAUCAUGUACCGCGAGGUGGUGACCCAGAGACUAGCCGGCUGACGG